GCGAGCGCCCAGACCUUACGCCGUGUCGUCCUGACCGGUUCCAUCGCCCUCAUUACCAUUGUCGGCGCCAUAACGGGUGCUCGACUCAAGAUGGACAACGACGCCGUGCAGGAGCAGCGCCAGGUGCGGGAGCUAGACCUGGUGGAGCGCAUCAACUUACUGGAGAAUCGACGUUCGGGGCUUGUGGCGAUGAGGAUACCCCUGGAGAAGAAGCUGGCGGACCUGAGGGACCGCAUGGCUGCCAAGAAGAGGGCGGAGGAGGAG